AUGGGACUCCCUAGCGGAGCCCGGCAUCGGCUUCGACAUCGCGGACGAACUUGCCACGACGCCGCUGACGAUACCUCCUUCACCAUCAACUCCUCCUCAUCCUUAUCCUUCUACUGCUGCUCCAGCUCCAGCUGCUGCCGCUACCUUCCCCCUACCUUUCUCCCCCGGGCUGUGCCGGACUUGUUACUGGAUCCGAGAUUAACCGAAGCCUCUGGAGCGAUUGGGGCCGACGGCAGCCUGGCACAUGACGCCUUACGCCACCUUCAAGAUCGGUUUCCGGGCAAGCUCUUCGAGGCGGAGCUGUAUGAUUUUGGCGCCGUCAAGAUCCUGGAAGUACGGGGCGAGAACGAGGAGGAACUCAGGGAGUGCCUCCUUGGAGAUUUGGGCCCACUAGGGGAGCACGAGAUCAUUGUGAGCACGUUACAGGGUCCAUCUUUGAUGCAACGGCUCCAUGUCAGCUUUCAGGCGCGGCAACAACAACAUGGAACGCAUAGCCAGUCACCACCGCUGGCUCCGUACCGCCCACCUGCUCCUCCACCACUGCCGACUCCUCCUUCAUCAUUCGAACCGCGUUCAGUGGCUCGGCCCCUGGUGCUUCCCGGUGCUCGGAACCAGUGCCUGGCUGAGAUUGCGGACGGCUCCCAUCAAACGAACCGCUUGCUCGCGGAAUUACUUGCAUCGCAGCAGGUUUCGAACGACCUGGCACGUGAGAUGCUCGACGGGUUCGUUGAGCUGCGGGGGGACCUGGGAACAGCUAGGGUGGAAGGUCACAGGACCCCUGCCACCUCCUCGCCGCCAAAUGAGGGUGGGCUGAGCGUGUCUGAUGACAAUGGACGGGCACAGGCUCCCGCGCUAGCACCGGCAGCAACCCAGUCGUUGCGGAUCCAGAUCCAGAAUCCGAAGGGUCAGAGUGACCAGAGGGAUCAGCCAGGGAAGCAGGAGACGAACCGGGCGAAGUAG